AUGGAGUUUGCAACCGUCUUCGAUGACCCGUGGUCUAAAAAACCUAUUCCUUUGGGAGAUGCUGCAAUACAACAUCUCGAACUUAUUGAGAUAUUCCUGAAAGUCAUCACACAUUUGGGUGACGACAAUGGCUACAUCAGCGAUGAGACAUUGGCAUACUCAGAAUGGAGAUAUAUUGUCUACGUCCAAAUGAUCGAUCUACGAGGGCAUUCUCCGAGUGACAUUCUACCACCAUGUUCAAAAUCACGAUGGACUACACCAACCGAUAAGAAAGCUCCGGGUAAAUCAAAGAACCAGGAGUCUCGUGUCGUGAUUAUGCAUGAUUGGCUUCGUUGUCGAACAGCUGUUCCGGAGCAAGGCUUCAAAGUCUGGGGCAUCGAGGAAUACACAGCAAUAAGAACUCAGCGCGUUGAAGAAAGAUGUCGGAAUCAGAGUCAGCAUGAACAGUUCAACGCAACUUGCGGACUUCGACCAUGGCCGGCACUCCAAGAUUUACGAACCGAACUAGAACAGCAGAUAUCAUUCUGGAAGGUUAUGGUACAUGCGAAGAACACGUUGUCAGGGUUUGCUGAUACUUUGAACGAACACAUGAAAGACUAUAAGAACUAUAUGGGUCUAGUUGGUCACGUUUUGUGGAGGAAAGGCAGAUAUGGCCGUUACGAGUCGAAACAUGACCCAAAUAAUCAACCAGUGUCUAGGUCAGACUAUAGAUCUUCUUUGGCACACCCACCGACUCUACCCGGCACAUUACUGGCUGUUCUGUUGCGAGCAAGCGAAUUGGAUAGUGGAACCAGAGCCUACGUCUGGCGCAGGAGCGGGUGA